CGGCGCCACCAGGGAAGCCCCCUCAUGCUGUCUUUGAUGCAGAUUCAUGUUCACCAUCUUCCUCCUCCCAAAGGUCCCUGUCUCUCUACCCUCCCCUCUCACACCCCCGGGGCUGGGAACCUUCUGACCUUUCUUCUCCCCGUACAGCACCUGUCAGGAUCCACCACGCCUGAGGCAGCCCCAGGUGGAUGAAGGAACCAGGCUGCCUCUGACCCAUCUCUCCACUGGGCUCUCAGAGAGACAGGACUUGCUUCCCUUGGCCUCAGAGCUCUGGUCCUUCCCAAGCACUGUCCCCGCUGAGUGGUCAGUCAGGAGGCACCCCAUAAAUAACUCCAGCCCGGACUCUGCCCCCACUGCGGUCUUCACCCACUGCAUGGGUGGACGCAGGGUAAAGCUCACCUUCUCAGUCCCAUGAGUCCAGCCGGGUGGAGCCUGGGGGCACAAGAGAACAGCCCACAGAGCCUCUAGCCGGUCCCCAUACUCAAUCAACUGUGUUUUCUCAGAGACAUCACCUCCCCUCUCUGAUCCUGCUUCCUCUUACCAAGUAGGGUCAAUAGUUUCUACCCCUGCCCCCAGUGGACACCUCUGAGGGUUCCAUGAUCAAAUGGGUGAGGUUACAUUUAUGAAUUCCUCCAAUAGGGCUGAUGUUUCAUAACCACCGGAAAAAUAGUAGCAAUUAUAGUUAUUGCUAUUUCUUCUGUCCUGCCCAGUACAGGACCGAGCACACACUAGUUCCCCAAAGUUGUGUUGCUUAGUCUUGCAGAGGUUUCACAAAGGAAAUGGGUUUUGUUAAGGGUUCAGAAGAAUGGGGUGGGGGGAUCAUCCCGCAGUGGAGACUUCAGGGGAACUCCAGCUCCCAAACCUGCUGCUAUGAAUGUGGCCACGUGGGCCAGGGUUUCCCUAGAACUGAAGCGGGACACGGGCUGUGGAGCAGAGGACUGGGUUGUUUUCCUGCCCACGGGUGAGCAUUUUCUCUGGUGGGGUCCGAAUCUGUGUCGUGUCAAGGCCUUGAAGUCUGAAUGUCUCGGUUACUUCCCCCAACACUACCGGCGCCAAGCCCUUAUCUGGGCUAUUCUCCCUGCCCGCACCACUGUCCUGUCAACACCUCCCCAGGCUCACCUUGUCACCUCCACACCCAGCCUGGGGCAACGCUCUCUGCUCCGAGCCCUCUAUGGUAGCUUUAUUCCCCAAACCUCACUUCUCCCGUUUUACAGAAUGAGUUGAGGCUUCAUCUCUUGAGAUGCCCACACCGUCCCAGAGCUGAUUCCUGUGGGUUUGGGUCCUACGGGGCCAAUCCCCCACCCCUGCUCCAUGUACAGAGUACAGGCUUCAGGUAAUGACUGCUCCAACCCGGGCCUCUUCUGACAAGGGCGCUGGCUGAGGACAGGGGUGGCCCCCUCCUCAAGCCUUUGGACGGUGGAAAGAAGGAACACCAGCUUUUUUCUCUCCCCAGUCCCCAGCCAGGGGUGAGGGAGCCAAGAGAAGUGAGCCCCUCCCUGCUCUGGCUUCUGCUUUCUGGCCCAGCUGUGGCCAAGCCUGAGUCAGCCCCACGGGACCAUGCUGGUGGAUCUGGAGGGUCUGGGCUCUGGAGCCUGAGAGGGGGAGGGGGUGGAGGUUGAGAAUGAGGGGGGCCCGGGCCAGGCUAGGGGAAAGGGCCCGGGCUGCUCAACUGCUGCCCGCUCCCAGGCCAGGGAUCACCUCUCACGGGAGCAUGGGAUGGGGAGGCGGGGUCCCCGGGCUAGGACCAGGGGCCUGGAGCACCUUGGCGACCCCCAGAGGGAUCCGUGGACCCAUAGAGACCCUCCUAUCUCUUGGUCUCUCCGUGUCUCUGUCUCUAAGGCUCCGCCUAUCCUCCGCCCAAGGUGCUAAAGCCCCAACCUCACAGGGCUGGACGGGGCUGAUUACAGGGAAGUGUCGGGGAAGAUCGAAGGGCAGCCCGUUGUCCAGGGGAUUGGGGGCCCAGAACCUGGCGGGCGGUGGGAUGCGGGUGGGGUCGGGGUGGAAAGAAAGACCCGGAGAGAGAGAGAAAAGUAGAGAUCCCUGGAGACUUCAGCCCCGGCCCCCGAGAGGCGUGUGCACCGGGAGGCGGGUCCGGCCUGGGGGCUGGGCCACUGCCUGGUUAAAGGCGGCUUCUUCCCCGGAACGCUGCUCCCGCCGUCGCACUUUCGCCCCCACUGUGAUGGCCUCGUCGCCUCUCCUGCCGUUCCUGCCUCUCCUGCUGCUGCUGCUGCUGGAGGUCGCCGCUGCGGCGCGGGCGUCCCCGCUGGAAAUACUCCCCGAGGGGGCGGCCCCCUGCGAGGCCGGUGAGCUGUGCCUGCAGGCGCCCCUCUGGAAGUCUGACCCUCCGCCCAUCAAUGUGAGCCUCUACUAUGAGUCACUGUGCCCCGGCUGCCGGUACUUCCUGAUCCGCGAGCUCUACCCGACGUGGCUGAUGGUCUGGGAAAUCCUCAAUGUCACGCUGGUGCCCUACGGAAACGCUCAUGAACAGAACAUCAGCGGCAGGUGGGAGUUCACGUGCCAGCACGGCGAGCAGGAGUGCAAGCUUAACAAGGUGGAGGCCUGCCUGUUGGACCAGCUGGAGAAGAGCGCGGCCUUCCUGACCAUUGUCUGCCUAGAGGAAAUGGAUGACAUGGAGAAAAAUCUGAAGCCGUGCCUGCAGAUCUAUGCUCCAGAGGUGUCCCCUGACUCCAUCAUGGAGUGUGCCACAGGGGACCGUGGCAUGCAGCUCUUGCACAUCAAUGCCCAGCUCACGGACGCUCUGCAGCCACCCCACGAGUAUGUGCCCUGGGUCGUCGUCAAUGGGAAACCCAUGAAAGAGAAGGACCAGCUCUUACACCUCGUCUGCCAGUUGUACCAGGGCAAGAAGCCGGAUGUCUGCCAACUCAUAGCCAGCUCCCACAAGGAAGUCUGCUUCAAGUGAUGGCCGGUGCCCUGGGAGGGAACUGAUGCAGGAAGAACAAGAUCCCACCUGCCCUCAUUUUUUGAUCCCUGACUCAGCAGCCACUACUUAUCAUCCAGAUAACUUCUACACAUUCCACGAAGCCGAGACUCAAAAUUCUGCCCUGAGAUCAAGAAUCUCGCCCCACUGAGAACGGUGCUACACUGAAACUAGUUCAAUAAACACUUCUGGAUGUUGUGGUUCAUUUGAUAA